AUGGAAGAAAUUCAAUAUCACCAUCACCAUCAUCAUCAUGUCCACCAUGGUCAUCAUGGAAUACAAGAUAAUAAUAAUGAACAUCAAUAUGCAACUUCUUUACAUGGUACAGAUAAUUUUGAUAUCACUACUGAAGACUAUCAUAAUAAUCAACAACAACAACAACAAAUAGAACAACAACAACAACAGCAGCAGCAACAACAACAACAACAAAAUAUUACUCAGCCAUCUUUAUCUGUUCCGAAAGUAGUGUAUAAUGUGCCGGCUAAUCAGACAUCUGGAGGUGGGGUACAGUCAACCGGUUCAUUUCAUUCUGUAGCUAGCCUUGAUGCAGCAGCAGAAAUGGCAAAAUAUUUUCCCGAUGCUCAAACACCUAGUUUAUCGCCAUCCAGGCAUCAACUAGAAGUUGGAGGUCAAGCACAAUCAACGGCUGUAUCGCAUACCAGAACUACUACAACUACUAAUACUGUUAAUGCAGGUCCACAUUUUCCCGAGUUUAGUCCCAGUGGGACACAACAACUACCACAGUCCGUAAGAGCAUCUUUUAUGGCAGAACAACAACGGCCAAUGCGGCAGCCUGGUCCGCCUGGCCCGACUGGUCCGUCUCAACUUCCAGCAGGCAUUCCAAGUUUUCCGUCACAAAUUGAAGGAUUAUCUGUUUCACAGGCUGUUGUUAAUGAUGUUCUUGUUGAUCUUCAAACGAAAGUCAUCAAUGAAACCAUGCAACAAUAUCAGGAAGGAUCAACAGACGGACCGUUUUUUGAACCUCUUCCUCCAAUUUAUAUUGAAGCACCACAACCAACAAUUAUUCUUCGAUCGGAUAUUAAUCGACUUCGUGCUGAACUUAAUAAUAGUGUUCGUCCUCAGGUUGUUUAUCGUCAUCCUUCCGAUGGAAAUCAAUUUCAACAGCAGCAACAACAACAGCAACAGCAGCAUUUUCAACAAAAUGCAUUCCAAACACCAAGGUUUCCAGGUCCAUCGCGACAACAGGUUCCACAAGCCGAGUCAUCUAUGUUCAAUGACGACAAUAUCAAUGUUAAUGUUCAAAGUACAUCCGAUCUUCAAGGCUUAUCCGCUACAUCAUUUGAUCGUUACGCCUCACCUUACCAACCUUCGUCAUUUCAUCCUAAUUUCGAAGAGCAACAACAAGGCAACGAGCAAGCUGUAUCUGCACUUUCUCAACGUAUUAGCAACGAAGAAGUUGGUACACCUGAUAAUAUGCCUAUCCAUCAACGACAAGAAAUAACAUUUGAUAUUGAUAAUUGUAUAAUUCGAUGUUUUGAAGCUCAUCGUCAACGAUUAGCUCGACGUCGAGCUGCUCGACAAGCACGAAGAGCAAAACGACAUAAACAAACUGGACACAGUAAUCGUCAAAAAGAUCAACAAUUAUAUCAGAAUGAUGGAUAUCAAACAUUCUCCACAGAACGUUCCUAUUCAUCAUAUGGUGGUGUUGAUAAUGCACCAUGGCCAAAACAAACGAUAUUAUCCUCACAUUAUUCAGAUACACUUCCUGCUUCAAUUAAUACUUCUGGCUCAGUUCGUACAUCUGAGAAAUCUUAUGUUCCAAUAGGAGAAUAUGAUUAUGCCAAUACAGCUCAAUCGACUUCUCUAUCACCUGAUAUUCCACAUUAUCAAUCAUCAGAUAUUGUUAAUACUCAAACAACUCAAGUACCAUUUUCUAAUCUAUCAACUUUACAUAUGAAUGUUGCAUCAACAACUGAGAUGCAACCUUCAGCAACUGAUUAUCAUGAGUUUAGACCUCCUAAUACUCAAGAAACAUAUAUUAAUUCUAAAGGAUUUGAUUAUCCUUCAUAUCAAGCAUAUACUUCUUCCAAUGAUUUACAACAACAAUCAUCACAUGAACAACAACAAGAACAGACAUCUUUUGAAUAUGGAAAUCAAUUACCAUAUCCAACAUUUUCAUCAACAGAAGCUACUGUUCCAGACGAUAUACAACAACUAACAUCCGACUAUUAUCAACAACAUCAUCGACAAGCAUCUACUCAAUUCAUUCAAACACAAGAAACUGAUGUACAAUCAUCAAGUACAUUUGAUUAUACAGUAGAUAGUACUCAAUCUCAAGUACCAGCUUAUAAUUAUCAAAAUAUAGAACAACAAGUUCUUCAAUAUCCAUAUAAUAUUGAAAAUUUACAACAACAAUCAUUAGAUUUUGAUGCGUUAGCAAAUAAUAUUUAUAAUUUACCUACAACUGAUUUUCAACAAGCAGAGCAAAAACAAACUUUUAAUUAUGCCAAUCAAAAACUCAGUUCUGCUGAUUAUUAUCAACAACAACCAUUAUCUGUACCUAUAUCUCAAACUCAAGAUAUUUAUGGUCAACCAAGUGGAUCAUACGAAUAUAGACAAGACAGUUAUAGUAAUGAGGGACCUGGUUAUGAUUAUCAAUCUAUCGACCAACAAUCAUCUGAAUAUCCUUAUGAUAGUAGAGAUGCUCAACAAAUGCUACAACAAGAUUCAUACAAUUAUACUAAUGCAAAUGAACAACGACAACAAUUUGAUUAUUCUCCUCAAGAAAUUAGUUCAUCUGAUUAUUAUAAACAAUCACCAAUAUCUCAAGCUCAAGAACCAUAUAUACAUCCAAAUGGAACAUAUGGAUACACAACAGAUAAUGGUAAAGCAUCAGCGUAUGAUUAUCAAAAUAUAGAACAACAACCAACAUUUGAUUACAGAACUGAAGAUACAAGUACUUAUAUAUCGCCUGAAAGUAAUAUUCAACCAACAGAACCAAAACAUCCAUAUGAUUUCACCAGUCAAGCUCUUAGUUCAUCUGAUUAUUAUCAACAACAACAAUCAUCUAUUCCAACAUCACAAGCACAAGGACCUUAUGAUCCUGCAGGUGGAACAUUGGACUAUGUAACAGGAACUGGUCAUUCACAAGUACAAGCUUAUGAUCAUCAAAAUACAGAACAACAAUCAUUUCAAUUUCCAUAUAAUACAGAAAAUAUCGAACAACAAAAACCGUUCGAGUUAAAAAAUGAUGAUACAGGUACAUAUAUUUCACCUGAAACCAAUACUCAUCAAACAGAACAAAAACAACCAUAUGAUUAUACCAGUCAAGCACUUAGUACAUCUGAUUAUUAUCAACAACGGCCAGUAUCUGAUCCUAUACCUGAAGCUCAAGAAACUUAUGAUCAGACAGUUGAACCAUUUGAAUUUAAUAAAGGAGGUUUUAAACAUCAAGAACCAUUAUUUGAUUAUCAAAAUACAGAUCAACAAUCUUCUCAUUAUUCAUAUAAUCUUGAAGAUACUCGACAGCAAGUACCUCUACAAGAAACACUUAAUUUUUCGUCUGAAGCGACUACAGCUCAAUCAACAUCCGAAACAGAUAAUCAACAACCUGAUAGUAAACAAAAAAUUGAUUAUUCAAAUCAAACUAUUACUGCAUCUGAUCAAUAUCAACAAAAACCAGGUUCUAUUCCAAUAUCUCAAAUCUACGAUUCACAACCAGUUAAUCGACGAUUAAACGGUUCAUCGAUUCCAACUGGUACAGUUGAAUAUACUAGAAAAUUAAUUUAUUCAAAUGAACCUUCACCAGAUAAUAUUGUAAAGGACCCUUUACGUAAACGAUCUCAUCAACAUGAAGAAAGUGAAACAUUCAGUAUCAAUGAUUAUCUUAAAAGAUUUGAAUCUGAAUCAUAUUCACAACAGACUGGAGGACAUGUCAAGUCCUCUGAUGAUUAUCAAUCUAUUACUACAACAACGACAACUCCAAAUACAGUACAACCAACAGCCGAUAUAUAUCAAACAGCUGGAACUGCUCAUACUUAUGAUCUUAAAAAUUAUACAAAUGAAUCGCUUGAAUCAGGAACAUCACAUCCAGUGCCACCUACAUCAUCGACCUGCGAAGAAGAUCCUCAACAUCUUCUUCAACACACUUCUAUAAGCGAACAAAUACAUGAACCAGUUCAACAAUCAGAACUACGUACUGAAGUAGAAGCUUCUAUUUAUGAUACAUAUAGUUCAUUACCACCACCGCCGCCACCACCACCUCCACCACCACCACCAUCGACAACGAAGGAAAUUGAUCAUCAACAAGGAUCAACUACGGCAAAUUUAAAUGAUUUUCCUGCACCACCAACACCCGAACGUAAUUCAUAUCAAAUGACACAACAACGACCAAGUCGUUCAUUUGCUUCAAUUAUUCCAACAACUGAUCAACCAAGUAUAUAUAGUGAUCAUCAACCAUUACAAUUAACAUCACCAACAUCAAGUGAUAAUCGAAGUGAUGAAGAUAUUAAGGAAGAUGAAGAAAUUUUUGAUUUACGUGAAUGUAUUGCUCGUUGUUAUGCAAAAUAUCGUGAAUCAUGGAAUAGAGAACAACAACGACAAUAUGAACAACAGAUAGGUGGUUCACAACACUCACAUUCAGAUAUAAAUUUAGCAGAUAAUCAACAAAUAGGACAAUAUUCACAACAAAUGCGAACGUCAAUGCCUCCAUCUUCUCAACAAUAUAUUCAACAAUCAAAUACAUUCAUAGCUGUUCAUUGUGGUAAUCAAGAACAACGACAACAACAACAACCACGAAAAAGUUUUAAUAAAGAUGAAAUACAUUGUAGUGACGGUUGGACACAAACAGCAUCUCAUGAUGUUAUGAAACAAUCGAAUAUUGCACAACAUGCAUAUGAUCAAACACCACCAAGUUUUGAUACAAAACCUUAUAUACCUCAAGUAUCAUCAACAAGAGACUUUUCUACUGAUUCACGAGGACAACAAACAAUAGAAUAUAGUCCACCAUUAAUUGCUCCUCAAACACAUCAUGUAACUUCUGUAAUGCCCUCGCCAACCCCUUCACCCUAUGAUGAAUACGGGAAUCAGGAGCAACAACAACAACAACAACAAAUUUAUGAUCAUAGUUUACCUGUACCGCCACAUCUGUCCUUCAAUGAAACUGAUUACCAAUCAAACGUAUCUUUUUCUUCGCAAAUAACACCACAACGACAAAAAUACGAAAACAUACCUUUUCAUAAACAUAUUGACGACGAACAACAACAACAUCGAUAUCGGGCACAUUCUGAACCAGCAUCAAUACAACAAGACUCACUUGCUUCAAAUCCACCAUCACUAAGUUUAUCAUCAAAUUUACUUGAUCAACAUUCAAAACGAUCGAAUUCAAUACCAAUGAUUCAUCAUCAAGAACAACAAAGUCAACUACCACCAGUUCGUAUACUCGAUAAUGGUCGUGCAUAUGAAACUGAAGCCUUAGUUCGACGUCAUGUUCCUCAAAUAGAUCCUAAAACGGGUCUUUGUCUUGUACCUUGUCCAGAAACACAAAAAUAUGCUCAUUUACCACCACAUCUUCGACCUGAAUUAUUCUGUAUCGAAUUACCACCAGCAAGUUCUCUUCCACCGGUACCAUCUUCACCAUCCUUACCAUCAGAACAACAGAGUUAUCAUCAUCACCAACAACAACAUCAACAACAAGAUCAACAACAGCAACAACAACAACGAUGGUGUGUUAGAUGUUGUUGUGUUCCAGGAAAAACACUUAUUAAGAAAGUUGUUUACCGACAAGUGGAUGAUCAACAACAAAAUAGACAAGAAGCAGAAUAUGAUUAUUCUUCAAUGAUGGAUCAAAUGUCAACAAGAAUUAGUGUUCGAUAUGGAAAUGAGACUAUGGAAGAAGGUGAACCAUUUGUUACAGGUAAUUAUUGUGAAAAAUUACGUGUUAUCGAUUUUCCUGUUUAUGUUUCUGGCAAAAAUGAUCCUAAUUUGACGCCACUUGUACCCGUCAAUUAA